CCGGACUUUUAUUUUGAAAUUCAGUCUCAGUGUCCGGAAGUCAUCAGUGUUCACUGACUGCAGUGAUGAUGGCAGCCUCUGCAGAUGUCCACGUACGAAUAUGUGAGCAAGAAAUCAUCAAGUUUGACUUAGAAAUAAAAGCUUUCAUCCAGGAUGUCAGUGAAUGCACAGGACCACAAAGCAAACUGUCGGAUUUAAAUUAUAAAGUGAAAGAGAAAUUCAAUAAUCUGAGACAACGGAUCCAGGAUCUGGAGCAAAUGGGAAAAGAACAAGACAAAGAGUCCGACAAGCUGGAUCUUCUCAAUAAAGUAGAAAGACAUCAGAAACAGAUGCUUAGUAAUCAGACAGCAUGGAGAAAGGCAAAUCUUGCCUGUAAACUGUCCAUCGAUAAGCUGGAGAAAGAAGAUUUAUUAAAUUCAGAGAACAUGUCUGUAAGACACAGGAAAAUGACAAAAGAGAGCCUGGCUCAGACCUCCAGUGACAUAACCGAGAGUUUGAUGAGCAUCAGUCGGAUGAUGUCACAACAAGUUCAGCAGAGUGAAGAGACCAUAAGCUCACUUGCAACUUCAUCAAGGACAGUGCAGGAAACCCACGAAGAGUUUAAAGCUAUGUCAGGAACCAUACAGCUGGGCCGAAAACUCAUCAUUAAGUACAAUCGGCGGGAACUUACAGAUAAGCUGCUUAUUUUCCUGGCUCUCGCUCUCUUCUUGGCUACAGUAUUGUACAUUCUGAAGAAAAGACUGUUCCCUUUCUUUUGAGUAAAGACCAAAAUAUGCAUAAAAUGUUGUAUCUGACAGUACAGGUUAAAUGUCCACAUCGUUUCAAAAUGAGUAGAAUUGCACAUUGAUGAGAUAUAGUACACAAAAGUGAAAAUUCUGUCAUCAUUUACUCACCCUCAUGUUGUUUUAACAACGUAUGAGUUUCUUUACCAGCGUCUUGUGUUUCACUUAUUGGGUGAGCGAUGCUUUUUAAGCUUUUUCUUUUUAGUUAAACUUUGAUUUAUUCUUUAUGAUUGAAAGGACUGAGAUACUAAGAUGUCACCACAAAGCAGAAAAUGUAGUUUUUACUAGUAAAUCUGUAACUAAUUUGUCGUUGCAUGUCAUAUGUGCCAUUCUUUAAUUUAUGAUGUACCAUGAUUCUUUAUUACUUUUAACAAAUAUUUUAUAUAUUUAUUUACAUUGACGUUGUAUUUAUCACAGUUAUAAUUAUCAAAUAUUCUCUGCAGUAUAAUUGAAAUGUUUGCAGAAUUGGGCAUACUUGAAUUAAGUCAUCUACCCACAUAAUUUGGAGUAAGUUAUUUUACAAAAACUUUGUGCUCCAUAAUAUAUAUACAUAUAUAUUUAAUAUUUAUUAUGCCAUUUUGGACGCGCCAGGGGGUCCGCAGAGUUUAAGCUAAAAAUUCAAUAACAUAUCUGAGUUUUAAAAUAUAUCUUAGCUUAUACCAAUUAGAAACAGAGUUUGUCCAUGAUACAACUAAUGUUACUUUAUAACUUUGUUUUUAAAUUCCUAUAAAUUCCUAAAGAAGCUGAAAGAUUAAGUCUCCAGUUAAAAGGUAUGGUUCUUCUGCAUCAAAAACAUUGGCAGUAGGUUUUGUUUUGUUAAAUGGGGAUUUAAUGCCUAAAAGUAAAAUACAGAUUUACGUUCAGAAUGCCCUUUUGUAGGAAUCCAGAUAUUCAAUAGACAUAUUUUGCCCUACAUCAGGGGUUUUUAAAUGUUGUGAUGCCAACGACCACCAAAUAUGAUUUUUUGAAUAAAAUAAAAAAUAAUUGAUUUGAAAUAAUUUUUUUUGUGAGGGACCCUUUCCUAAAUAUCAGUAUGUUUAUAUUUUUAUGUAUAAAGAAAAAUUUAAACUGUGCUACCUAAGCACUGUAGAGAAAGAAAAAAAUUAGAAACAAUAAACAAUUCUUGAAAGUAGGUAUGUACCACGAAAUAAAAGAUAAACACUUAUUAUAGAAAUAAAACCGUAAUAAUACUCUGUAGAUGUUUGCAAUUUUGAUUUUGUCAUUUUUGCUCUGAAAUUUUCACAUAGGAUUUUUAAAUAAAAUGUUAAGACAAAGCUUAA